CUGUAUAAAGAAAACAAAGCCCAAUAAAUACCUCCCCCAAAUUCCAUCCAAACCCUAAUUAGUGGACGGAGGCUGAAAACGAUGUCGUACGACGACGUGGAGAUUGAAGAUAUGGAGUGGAACGCAGAGCUCGAAGCCUACACAUAUCCAUGUCCGUGCGGCGAUUUGUUUCAAAUCACAAAAGAGGAUCUUAAACUCGGCGAAGAGAUCGCUCGCUGCCCUAGCUGCUCUCUUUUUAUCACCGUUAUUUAUAAUAUGGAAGAUUUCGCCGGCGAUAAUGAUCGCAACAAGAAUCUCGAGCCCACAAAACAGCAGCCUGUAGCGGUUGCUUAAAGUUUCAAUCUUUGUACGUCUUCAUAUACGUAUGUCUGUUUUAUUGAGGAAUCUGAUUUUUGAUGUGUAAGAUUAGUAAUUAGGGUUUUUCUUUAAUUAUAUUUUUGAAUUAUCGAUGAUUAUAAUUUUGUAGUGGUUGAAUUUUUCGGUUAUCGACUUAUUGUAGUGAUAUUGUUACGGAAUUUAAUGAAAAUUUGGUUUGGUUAGGCUGACUA